UGUGGUCGAAAGAUGCACAAAAUAUGUGUUCUUCAUUUUGAUGAGAUUUGGCCAGAAGGGUUUACAUGUGAUACCUGUUUGAAAAAGAGCGGACGAAAGAAGAAGAAAAAUAAAUUUACUGCGAAACGGCUUCAGCAAUCAAAACUUGGACAACACAUUGAAAAUCGUGUGAAUAAGCUUUUGAGGAGUAAAAAAUGUGAAGCUGGAGCAAUUGCUAUAAGAGUUGUUUCAAGCUUAGAAAAAUUUGCUAAGGUAGAACCUGGGAUGAGAGCGAGAUACGUUGAUGCAGGAAAGUUUCCUGAACGUUUUCCUUACAGAGCAAAAGCUCUAUUUGCCUUUGAAGAAAUAGAUGAGGUUGACACUUGCUUUUUUGGGAUGCAUGUGCAAGAGUAUGGAUCAGAAUGCUCACCUCCAAACAAAAGGCGUGUUUACAUUUCUUAUUUAGAUAGUGUUCAUUUCUUCACAUCAAAACAAUAUCGGACUGCAGUGUAUCAUGAAAUUCUUCUAGGAUACCUUGAUUACGUUAAACAGUUGGGGUAUACCAUGGCUCACAUCUGGGCUUGUCCUCCAAUAGAAGGAGAUGAUUACAUAUUUCAUUCACACCCUAAAGAGCAAAAAGUUCCGUCCUCACAACAGUUGGAAAAAUGGUACAAGAAAAUGCUUGACAAGGGUAUAGCAGAACAAAUUGUUUUAGGUUAUAAGGACAUUCUGGCGCAAGCCAUAGAAGAUAAUAUAAAAAGUCCUUCAGACUUGCCCUAUUUUGAUGGAGAUAUGUGGCCUCUUGUUCUUGAAGAAAGUAUAAGAGAUAUGGACGAUGAAGAGAAAAGACAAAUGUCUGAAGUUACUGCAGCUUCUGCUGCAGAAAAUGAAGAUGAAGACAGCAUAUACGAGAUUUUGACUCAACUCACACCAGAUGAAUUUAAAAGUUUCUUUGAACUGCCAUUGAUUAAUAGAGACGAUUCUCCAAAACGUGUAAAUUCUGCUUCUGCUGCUGCAGUUGAAGACAUCGUGAAUGAUAAAGAUGAAGAAAUACGAAACAAGAUAUUACUUGGGAAAGUUUUUCCCAUUAUGGAAAAAUACAAAGAGGUAAUUAUUUCUUACAUGUUUGGUAUUUUUUAGUUAAUCAUUUUGCUUUUCUCAGAUAAAUUUCUUAGUCUUUUUUUUAACUAAAAUGCUAAUGCAUUGAAUUAUUUCUUAAAAUCUUACAAUGUUACUGCUAUAGCAAACAUAAAACCAUUGUGAAAUAUUUG